AUGCCUGUAAGUUCCAAAAGCGACACCAUGGUGGCCUCUGGAUGCCGGACAACUUGCUGGUGUGUUCUUCUGACGGGGUUCUUGGGUCUCUUGCUCGUGCCAAAUCUGUUGGCAUGCUGGCAGUGGGGCAAAGCGAUUCACCGGGUUGGCCUGCGCCAGCUGAUCUUUCACUUUCGAAGGGUCAGGAAGUUACGAAGCUGUAGUAGUUGCACGAGGGUCAUCCUGCCAAAAGAGCUGUAUAAACUUUGUGGAUGUUGCGAUUUGCUGUGCUGUCAACACUGUGCUUUGAAGGGCCAAGCUUCCCAUGAGCACGUGCUUCAUGACGAAGUUGAGCCUUUGGUAGUCCGCACUUCACAACUGGCGGCAGCCAACUGUGCUGCAGAAGCGUUGGUGACAUCUUUUCAUCUUUACUCCAGUCGGCGUUGUCUGGGCUGGCGCACUGGCGAAUCUUACACUUGGCACUCAUACGAGGAAAUUGGAUCUAUGUCUGCUCAUUUUGCAGAUGGCUUACAGCAGCUGUUGCGAAAGGUGUCGGCAACAAAAGGCAUCCCAGUCAUCGGCUUGCUGUCGGCGGUUAGCAUUCCGUGGUUCAUUGUCGACUUUGCGUGCUCUCUGGCGGCUAUCCCGUUGGUGACGAUGCACCGUGCAACAGAUGACGCAGCAUUGGCACAGAUUCUCGACAAAACUGGUCUAUGCCUUCUGAUAACCUCCAAGCACCUCCUGCCGGUGAUCCAGCGCGCUUCAAGUCGUGCAUCUGCUUCGCAGCUUCAAAUGGUAAUAUGGAUCGAGGACUCGUCUGAACCGUACUGUUUGCAGCAGUCCUCGCGCCCGGUGACCAAAGGAACAGACAGCAGUCCACCAAGCUGGCAGCAAAAAGGUUUUCUCGAGGCACUGCAAGAGGGAACUAAAGCUUUGAGAGUACCCUCCUGGAGGGAUCCGAAGCGUCUCGCCAAGCUGCUGCCAUCCAGUGGCAGCACUGGAGCCCCAAAACUGGCCGUGGUGACGGAAGAGGCACUGUUCAAGGGCAGUUGCGGGCGAACCCCGGAGUCGUCUGUGGAUAUCGUCACAUACGCUUAUGAAGCUAUCCGUCAAAGCCACGACGUGCUCAUGCAGGGCGGACGCAUAGGUGUAUUCUCGGGCUCGUUGGAUCGAAUGCUUGAAGAUCUCCGGGCACUUCGCCCGACUGUUUUUGCGGCAGCACCAACAUUCUGGACUGGCUUAUACUCUGACUUUGAGAACGACGUUGUUGAGGAGCUCGAGAAAAUGAAGGUUCAUGAAGCUGUGGCUCGGGCAAGUGUGCUGCGGACAUGGCAAGAACGGAGCCUGCUGGGCAACCGCAUUGAUGUGUUGAUCUCCACAGGGGCACCAUUGCAGCAUCAGGUGCAGCGCUUUAUCACUAGGGUCUUCGGCAAGCUGGUUGUGGACGGGUAUGGGUGCACAGAGACGGGCAGGAUCGCCAGCAAUGGCACAGUGGCAGAGAACGUGGAAAUUCGCCUGCUGGAUUUGCCUGAAUUGGGAUACCUCACCUCGGACAGCCCCCCGCGCGGCGAGAUUUUAGCCAGGACGCCCUAUAUGGCAGGAUACUUCAGCCUGGAGAGGUUCACUGAUCAAGGUACGGUUCGGCAGAUGGAAUCCGACUCAGAGGAUUGGAUUGUGCUCAACAGCGUGAUGUACUUUCGCACUGGCGAUGUGGGCGAGCUGGUUGCACCUGGCAAUGUGCGUGUGAUCGACCGAUGCAAGCACCACUUCAAGCUCGCCCAGGGCAUCUAUGUGGCGCCGGAGCCAAUCGAACGGGUCUUGCUGCAGAGCCCUCUGAUUUCGCAAAUUUUCAUCUGGGGAUGUGGCUUUAUGCAGGCUACUGGGGCGGUUGCUGUGCCCAGCACGAAACUGCUGCAGAAGCUCGGGCUAGCAAACAUGUCGCUGGCUGCUGCACUGGAGUCAGCCAACGACGAGGCAUCAGCUUUGGUCCUCCAAAGCCUUGCAGAUAUUGGCCGCAGAUGCAGCCUAAAAGCGUGGGAAAUUCCACAACGUAUUGUCCUGGAGCCGAUGGCGUUCUCGGAAGAUGCGGGCUUGCUCACCGCCUCGGGGAAGCUCAGUAGGACUGCGCUUAUUCGCCGUUAUGGCAAAUUGCUGUCCGAUGAACAGAGCGACUGCACAGGGCUGGAGAUCACCUCAGCACUUCCACAAACGGCUGGUGUGUGCGCUGGGCUACAUCGCAUUCUCAAGCAUAUUUCUCCGAAGCAGAAGUUUGAUCCCAGAGACUCUAUCCUCUCGCUUGGCUUGGACUCCAUGGGCGUGGCGAGACUCUCUGCCCAAGUGUGGCAGAAGUUUGGGCAUGAGGUCCCAGCACGCACUCUCUUCAUGUUGGAGACCCUUGCGGACCUGGAGCGACUGAUUCUGGCUGGGCCGCGAGCGACACGCGCGAUUGUCGGCAAGUGUUCCACGGUCGUGAACUUUGAGGAGGAAGCUGCCGCGAGAUGUGAGGACCUUGCAAGUUGCGUGGAAAGCCGAACCAGUGCCCAGAGGACACCGCAGUCUGGUCACGUGGUGCUCUUGACAGGCAGUACCGGUUUUCUUGGAUCCUUUGUUGCUCACGCGCUGGCCCACGCCGGUUUCAAGGUGCAUUGCUUGGUGCGGGCCACGUGCCAGGAAGAGGCCACAGAAAGAUUGCGAGCGUGCUUAAGCUUCUAUCAGCUGUCUGAGGACGUUCCCGAGACAAUAUCUGCUCUGCCUAGCACGGGCGUAGAGAAUCCUUGCUUGGGUGUGUCCGAGCAUGCGAUGCCUGGCAUGAUCGACUCUAUCGUCCACUGUGCAGCAACAGUUUCUGGAGUGCUGCCGUACAGCGCCCUGUGCACUUCCAACGUGACCGGCACAAAGCAAGCUAUCUUGCUGGCACUGCAGAAAGGGGCAAGGCUGGUACAUGUUUCUACGCUGGGCUUUGUAGAUGAUGGCCAUCCGGAGACAAGCAGGAUCUCCACCGCCAACUUGCAUCAACGAUCGGGGUAUGCCCAGUCAAAAUGGAUGGCUGAACAAUUGGUCUGGAGAGCCACGGAGUCAUUUGGACUACGAGCGGUUGUCUUGCGACCUGGCACGGUUUGUGGGGCCCGGUCUGGCGCGAGCAACACAAAAGAUGCUGUGAGCCUCCUGCUGCUUGGACUCGUCAAGUUGGGCUCCACAUGCAUUGAUGACCGAUCACCAUUGCCAGCGGGAUUCAAUCUGGUUCCAGUGGACUACGUUGCAGAUGCUGUCGUCGUUGUAACAAGGGCCAGGCGCAGCUUGCCACCUGGUCCGAUUCAUCUUUGUGCACAGGAAGCCAUUUCCACCCGAACUUUGUGCCGAUGGUUGAGUGAAGCUGGCCAUGAGUUGAAGGACCUUUCGCCGGAGGAAUUCUGUAAGAGAGUCCAACAGGUGGACGAGAUGCAUCCAUUGUAUGCUUUGCGAAGCAGCUUGACCUCUUCAAGGAAAACGCCCAUGGCCGAUGACGACGUGCAAAGUGACGCGAUUGACUGGGGCAAGAUCCUUGGAGAAGAGCUGAUGUUGAGUGGUCGCGCACAGGCGGCCCAGGCGGCUGCCGACAAGGCGGCAAACACAGAAGGGAGUGCACAAUCCGACAGCGACCAGCCAGUUGCAAAGGAAGAAAAGCAGAGCACCGUGCGAACAUCGCAUGCCAUCCCCAGUGCUUUGAAAUUGAUAGUUCUGUACUUCUCCGGCCGAUGGUGUCCUGCUUGCACGGAGUUUGACUCUGUUAUCAAGGACGUGUACGCCGGACUGAAGUCCCUGGAAGAGUCGUCAGAUAUCGAAGUCGUUUGGGUUUCUUGUGACCUAUCCGAAGACACGUACAAGAUGCACAUGAAGCGAAUCGGGUCCCUGCUCGGAGCUGUCUGGUCCCCAAAGCGCUUACAAGAACUUUCUGAUCGUUGGAAAGUGAAGGCGAUUCCAGCGGCUUUGGUCUUGGAUGCUCGAGAUGGCCGGAUAGUAACGGCAACCGCCAGGCGAGACAUGGAAGAGGCUAAGCACCGUGUGAUGCGGAGUGGGUCCAAAGAUACUAGGGAAACUGAAAUUUAUGGAAGCCUUAUGUUUCGUUGGCUUGAGCGUCUCGAUGCUCAACGCGCAGCUUUGGAUGACGGUAUGCCUGUGAAGGAUGAGAGCUCUGACGAGAGCUCUGAAGGCUCCGGGUCCAGGCAGUCUUCACAUAGCCACACGAGCAAAGCUUCGUCGCGGCGAAACAGUGAAAGCUCGGCACAAGCAAUGGCAGAGGCGUUGGCUUUGUACCACGAAAUGCAAGACGGAGGCUUACAACUGGAUGUGAUCACAUGUGCAGCGAUGCUGAGUGCUUGUGAGAAGUGUUUGCAAUGGAAUUGGGCGCUGACCUUGUUGAAGGAGGCCGUAUGCUCGCAGCUUGCUUUGGAUGUGACUGCAUACAGCGCGGCCAUCAGCGCUUGUGCCGCUGCUGUGCAGUGGAAGUGGGCCCUGCGCCUGUCCUCAGAAAUGGCAGCUGCAGGAGUGAGGCCUGACACGUGUGCAUACAACGCUGUGGCGUCCUCAUGCGAAGCAGCGGGUCACUGGCAGGACGCGUUGCAAGCUGUCGUGGCGAUGCAGAUUGGGAAUCAAAGGCCCAAUGUUCUGACCUUCGGAGUUGCUCUCAGGGCUUGCGUCCAAGGAGUUCUCUGGGAGCAAGCCUUGAACUUUCUCGUCGGAGCCCGUCAAGGUGCCAUCGACCUGGAUUCCGUUGCUUUUGCCACUGCCGUGACCGCCUGUCAGACUGGUGGCAAUUUGGGAAAGGUGCCGGAGCUCUUGAAGGCACUUGCAGAAUCAGGGUCCAUGUCUCUGGCAAGAAGAUGA